UGCGGCUCUGUGAGCGUAACCUGUUUUAGCGCAUAAUCUCUCGCCUGCAGUUGGUCGAGCGUCCCACGUGGUUUGAAGUAUAAAAAAAGUUUCAGCGCGAGGUGCUUUAGUGUCGUGAUUACACGAGAGAAAAGACCAAAGGACAACAUCCCUCCUGAGGCUGAAGAAAUACGCAAGAACAUCCACAAUUCACAACAACACUAUUAGUGAGAGAAGAGGAGCACGAGCAAUUUAUACUCGGUGGAAAGACAAAGAGUGAAUUUUUGUCUUCAAACAAGAACGAUUUUUGACUACACUGACUCUUAAAGGAAUACAAGAUUAGUAACCGGUUUGUUUUGAUUCCUUACACACGUCAAUUUCUCAGUUACCUUGGAGAUGUGGAGGUUUUCCAUGGGGAGGUUUUCGCGCUUUUAACUGGCGUCAAUUAAGAUUGACAUUUUAGCGAGUAAAUGUGUUUACCGGGCGAUACUACACACACUUUCUGUGACCGUCUCACAAAAAUGACCGCGAGCAUGAUGAUGAAUGGACAUCUGUCAAAGGAGGUUGUUGGAAGUACAACUCUGUCUGGUUUAUAGGUCAAAUUGUUCUACGGUAGGAAUUCAUGAACUGAUUUGUCUGUUGAAUGGACACGUUAUUUAAGAAAAUGAGCAUUUACAUCCUCUCUGUAACCUGUUUAAUGGCUUGCAUACUCUCAGUUCAGUGUAGUCUGGGAGCUGAGACUAUGUCUCAGGAGUCUCAGUGUGCCUCUUGUGGACUCGGGCAUCCGGAUGAUUCGGGGCGAAUGGACACAGACUUUCUGGAGGCGGUUAAAAGGCACAUAUUGAACCGACUGCAGAUGAGAGAGAGACCAAAUAUCACUCAUCCCAUUCCCAAAGCUGCCAUGGUAACGGCGCUGCGCAAACUUCACGCGGGUAAAGUUAGGGAGGACGGGAGGGUUGAAAUUCCCAACUUGGAUGGACAUGCUGCCUACAACGAGGUGCAAGAAGAAACGUCGGAAAUCAUCAGUUUCGCCGAGUCAGACGAUGUGACUCCAUCAAAGUCAAGCCUCUACUUCUUGAUUUCCAAUGAGGGGAAUCAGAACCUCUACGUGUUGCAAGCAAACCUGUGGCUGUACUUCAAACUGUUACCAGGUACUCAGGAGAAAGGACUGCGGCGAAAGGUGACGGUGAGAGUGCACUACUAUGAACCUGGAGGGAAGAACGUGCACUGGCCCAUGAUGGAAAAACGCAUAGAGUUGAAACGCAGCGGCUGGCACACCUUCCCUGUGUCCGAGGCCGUACGAGAAAUGCUCGCGAAAGGGGGCCGCCGGCAAGACCUCGACAUUCACUGCGAUGGCUGUGAGGCCGCCAAUGUUCUGCCCAUCAUGGUGGACCCAAGCGAUCCCUCGCACCGUCCCUUCCUGGUGGUCCGCGCCCAGCAGGCGGACGGGAAGCACCGAAUCCGAAAGCGAGGCUUAGAGUGUGACGGCACCAAUGGCGGCUUGUGCUGCCGACAGCAGUUUUACAUUGACUUCCGGCUCAUUGGCUGGAACGACUGGAUCAUCGCGCCAGCGGGGUACUAUGGGAACUACUGCGAAGGCAGCUGCCCGGCUUACAUGGCAGGCGUUCCGGGCUCUGCCUCGUCAUUUCACACUGCAGUAGUUAACCAGUACCGCAUGAGAGGCAUGAGUCCUGGUUCGGUCAACUCCUGCUGCAUACCCACCAAACUCAGCACCAUGUCCAUGCUGUACUUCGACGACGAGUACAACAUCGUCAAGCGCGACGUGCCUAACAUGAUUGUGGAGGAGUGUGGCUGUGCCUGAAAAGGACAUGUUACAAAAGCAGUGACAGUCAUAUUUAUGGUCUUUCUGAACCACAUGCAUAUAGAUUGCGUUCUUAAUUGUGCACUCACAAAGUACAAUCACACACACGUUUGUGUGUGUGUGUGCAUCAAGCAGUAGAUCAGAUGUAUGACAGGUGGGUCCUUCUAAUGAACAACAAAAAGGCUUUGGGAUGAUAAGGGAACACCAAAUGGUUUAUCUCUAGUUUGCCAUUUCUAGACUUAAAAAAAAUGGCUGAAUACUAGCAGCAAAAAGGAGACAAACUGGUGUCACCCUUUGACAUAAGUACUUAGAGACUGUUAUACAAGCACUGACAUAUCUCCUACUUCAGAACACCAGCACUUCAGCAGCUCGUUUCAGACAAAUCAUUCCAGCUGAUGUGGGGAUUUCUGAAUCGGUGUGUCAUCCUCCCAGUCAUUCCCAGAGGCAUUCCCACAGCAAUGACUCUAGUUGUCUGCGGCAAUCCGUUGUGAGGCUUCUACUCAAACUGUAAGCACCUCUGGACAAGAUCGUCUUGAAACUAAAACCACUUCUGCCGUUCUACUAAUACGUGCACGUCUUGACUGCAUAACUAGGUCUAACCGGUACUUCACCGCUUCCUUCAUCUGCACACUUCAGUGGCUGACAAACGCUCGCAGCGGUGUGUGCGUCCCGCGGAGCCGCUUCCAUUCUGUCCAGCUGGUUUACAGGGAGUACAGCACUUGCGAAAACUCUCGAAAUGCACAAUUUAAAGCACUUGCAUAUUGCAAAGCCUUCAAAAGGGUACAUAGAGGUGGACCUACCCUUGCCCAUAGUCCUUUUAAUAUAAAGUGCCGCACGAACUAUGCAAUGUAUAGUAAUCCUGAACUAUGUCAAACGAACUGAAUUCUUCUUUCUGCUUGUCUUUAACUCUUUAUCAAUACUUGAAAUGUGAUCUUUCGCUUGCUUUCCAAAGCGGAUGAUUGUUAUGACGUUUGCACUGAAAAGUUGCGGGAUUAGUUAAAAGACAACUGCCAUUGAAAAUGUUAUUUUUGUAGUAAAACUGAAUUUUGUGAAAAAUUUAUUGUACCUAAUAAAUUGUACCAAAGAGGCCAAUAUUUUAGCUAUUAUAAUAAGAUGGCAAGGCCAUUCCAAUAUUUGUAAAAUAAUUAUUGAUACUUCUCAAGAGGCCUAAUAAUCAGGGUACAACAUUAUGGAUUCCAUUUGUAGCUCUGUCUAAUUUUUUAUACUGUGUACAGCAAACCGAUGAAACACAAUCUCUUCCUUGUCUUUCAUUUUCCAGUCUUCUAUUUAAUAAGAGUUAUUUCGUAGCUGUUGUUACAAAGUCAUUUAGUUAAACAGAUGUCAUCUCUGUACAGAUUAUGUAAAAUAAAAUAUUCUUUCUUAAAUAUUUUGUAACUUUAAAAUAAAUUCUUACU